AUGAGGCAGGGCCGGAUUGAAAGGGUCGGUCCAGGUUCGGGCCGGUCCGAGGGGACCGGGCAGAGAUUGAACGUGGCUGGGUUGGGUUCGCGCCGGACUGCGGGAUUUGGUCUGGGGACGUCAUUAGGUGCGGGACCACUCAGAGCGUUGGAAGUUUUCGUCGCCGGUAGGAAGAGAGGCUACUGUCCGGGGGAAAUUUGUGCCGCCGGCAGGCUGAGGAGAUGGGCCGCCAUAGCUUCUUAUCUUCCUGAACGAACAGACAACGACAUAAAAAAUUACUGGAAUACCCAUCUGAAGAAGAAGCUCAAAUUGGCGGGAAACAGGUCGGGUCAGUACUACUCGGAGGAUCCAUACUCAAUCAAUCGGGCUCUUCAGCCCGGCAACGACGGCUAUGCCCAGCCGGCAGCUUCAAAUUACGCAUACAGCACACAGAAUAUAGAAAGGCUGUUGAAAGAUUGGGUGAAAAAUAGCCCACCACCGACAUCAACACCAAUGGAAGAAAGAUUAUCUUCAAGUGCUCAAAAUGAGGCCAAAGUCAAUAUUGAUUACGAGGCCCUCUUUGGGUCUAAUGUGGAAACUUCGUCAUUUCAGUGCGAUGGUUUUUCGGGAUCCGACCCGACUGGACAACUUGCUCCUCCGCUAUCUAAGAAGCUCAAAUUGGUGGGAAACGGGUCGGGUCAGUACUACUCGGAGGAUCCAUACUCAAUCAAUCGGGCUCUUCGGCCCGAGAAUGGCGGCUAUGCCCAGCCGGCAGCUUCAAAUUACGCAUACAGCACACAGACUAUAAAAAGGCUGUUGAAAGAUUGGGUGAAAAAUGGCCCAACAACAACAACAACACCAAUGGAAGAAAGAUUAUCUUCAAAUGCUCAAAAUGAGGCCAAAGUCAAUAUUGAUUACAAGGCCCUCUUUGGGUCUAAUUUGGAAACUUCGUCAUUUCAGUGCGAUGGGUUUUCGAGAUCCGACCCGACUGGACAACUUGCUCCUCUGCUAUCUGUUAUUGAGAAUUGGCUUAAUGGAAACUUAUUUUAG